AUGCAUUUUAAACUAGACUUCGAGGGAAAGCCAGAAAUAGGAGCUUAUGUCAGAAUGACAAACAAGUAUAUACUCGUUGGGAGAUCGCAGACACCAAACAUCAUCAAUUUCUUCAGAGAAAACUUCUCAGUCCCAAUUAUUGAGACCACCAUAAACACGAUCAAUACAGUUGGUUCGCUUUGCGUAGGCAACAGCAAAGGAUUGGUACUUCCAGACACGUGCACGGAUCAGGAGUUGCAGCACAUCAGAAACUCACUUCCCGAGUCGAUUAAAGUCGUUAGAAUCUAUGAGAAGCUCAAUGCUCUUGGAAACAUCAUUGUCUGCAAUGACUACGGCUGUCUGGUUCAUCCAGAAAUAGACGAGAGCAACAUUAAGAUAUUGGAAGAUACACUCGGAGUGCCAGUAUUUAAGCACACAAUCGGUGCCGAGCCACUUGUAGGCACCUUCUCAGUUCUGUCUAAUCAGGGAAUGCUUAUCCAUCCAAAUGUUACAGAGCUUGAGCUAAAAGACUAUCAGAACUGCUGA